GGCAGCAGUGCGCAGGUUGGCAGUCCAUCGACCCGUUUCCGCGUGCGUGCAGGUUCUCUCUGUACAAUUUUUGGGAUUUUACAUGAAUUCCCGAUGGAUCUUUCAGCGCGGUUGUGACAAAGGCUUCGUUGAAUCGCCCGUCGACAAAAUGCACUUGACCCGACCCGCCUGAAAAUAGGAGAUGGGGGAGUGCAGUCGGGUUAAUCUGGCCGACGUGGUUUUGCGCCUCGAGGGCGGGUCUUCCCUCGUCUGCCACUGCACCAGGGCCAAAUUUCCAUCAUCGGCUCGGAUCAGCUCCAACAACCAAAUCAUCAACAAGGCCGACCAUGAAAAGCAGUCGCUCGGCGUCGAGACGUUUUCCGACGACUUUGAGCAAAUCUUCCAAUUUGAUGAGCAGCAAAGUCAGGCUCCGCUACCUUUCGUUGCAGAGGAACGAUGGUCAUUUUUAAACCAGACCAAGUCAUUUGGCGAAGACUCGAGCCCGAGUCUCAGUUGGAGCAGUUCGUCGGACUCCAUGACCUCGGUGACCUCGCUAGAUGAAGCUAUGCUUUCGCUCAGUUCGUCGGACAGUGAUGAGGAGGACAGUCAGAAAGCUAGAUUUUCUGUGGAUGCUGUUGAGGACUCUCUCAACAGAUUGAGCAUAUCUCCAUUAAGGCAGAAUGGAAACUCGCGCCAGAGCAGUUUGACAAAAUCAUUGGGUCAAGCAUGGAUAAUUCCAGUGCAGGAAGCGAUGCGCUACUUUGGGUUUCACUUUUUGCCCACAAACGAAGACUUGACAAUCACUUCAACCGAAAUCAUAUCACACCAAAAGGAUAAACAAGCUGAAAAAUCGAAGCGGCAGCUCAGUGUGCAAAAGCUUGCAAAAAAAGAGAUUGCCAACGGAGACUGGCUUUGUCACUUGGCCAAAAGAGGUGCCAGCGACCUGGUGGUGGACGCUGUCUGCGGAGACGGGGCGCUCGCCAUUUACCUCGCACAAAACUGCCAAAGAGUUUUGGCACUGGACCCGAACCCGGUCAACAUCAAGCAGGCGCUGCACCGAGCCAAACUGAGCGGAGUCUCUCACAAAAUUGAUUUCAUCCAGGCCGACUUCUUCAGGAUGAAAAUGCUGGUGAAGGUGGAUGCCGUUUUUGUCCGACUCUCGAAUUCCAACGCCAGCUUCGAAGAAAAGGCGGUGUGUGAUCUCAACGCUUUCCGAGGGCAGCAACUCUUCCAGCAGGCCAGAUUUAUUUCCAACAAUGUAGUUUUCUGUCUGCCCAGUAAUCAGGACGCAAGGCAAGUCCUGCAGCUAGUGGGCAAAGGUGAGAUGGAGCUGGAGCAGUGCUGCAUCGAAGGCCAGUUCUCCGCCAUGGCCGCUUACACUGGCCCACUUUUCGACCAAAGCAGAUAACGGAUAAAUCAAGCUGGAAACAAACAUCUUCAGGGGAAAAUGAAAUUUUCUGUAUGUGAGUAGCUACGCAGCAACUUUGUAAAUCGUUUUAGCAAGAGCGAUACAACCUAUUUGACUGGGGGGCCUUAGAGAUAUGAAACCAGAAUGGAAUUAAAUGUCGUCGGUGUUUAAAUGUAAAAUUUUUUCGGACCAAUAAUUUUAUUUUUUAUCGGUUACGUUAAAAAUGGAUAUUUUUCUUCGCAAAGUGGAUUUAAAUAGUAAAAAAGUUCACUUUUUUACUCAUUUUGUUUUGCAAACUUUGAACUCUGUUCGUCUGGCAAAGAAAUUGUCAUUCUUUAUGCUAUAUUUUAAUGUCAGAUCCACCUGCAGAUAUUUUUACUUCCAUACUGUUUUGAUACUGUCAAAAAUUAUUCUGAAUGCGCAUUUAACGUGUCCUGACCAGACAGUUGCACAGAGCUGCUGUUUUUAUACUUUUGUACCGUGUUUGUCUAUGAUCUCACCGGAUAAAUUUAUUGUUCUGUGAAAUGAUGAUUCACGACUCUUUCAAAACUCUCUAAACCGGAUAUCCUCCACUGCCCGAUUUUUAUUUUUUUCCAAUCGACCUAGUCAUGUUUAUAUUUUCGUUGAGAACAAAAAUACCUCCGAGGGUCGAUGGAUUCUCGCCAGCAGCUAAAUAGGAAACUAACAAAAAAGUUAAAAACCACACCAAGUUUCUUGAAAUAUAUCAGUGUUAAAAUAUAACGCAAAAUUGUAUUGAAUAAUUGUUUAAGUGCCAACAAUGUCAAAAUCUUCUCAAUUUUUAAUUGUCUACAAGUUGAAAGCAUCAAAUCCAUAAAUAUUAAAUCACAAAUCAUUAAAUAUAUGUCUAAACAAUACAAAGCAGUUGCGUGUGUAGCAGAUUACUUAAUCUAAUUCCAUGCAAAAGGCGCAAGCAAAUCAUAUUUAUUAUGAAAUGAAUGUUCAUCGCUGAUCAUAUGUAUAUUUCGAUUACAUUGUAUUGCAUGUUAUUUUGGAAAUUGUAUGAAAAUCCAGUUGAUAAAAUAAAUAUAUAGAC